CUGCUUGCAGUCUGACUGAAGAGAAAACAACACAACUCUAAUCAUGAGCAGAAACUUCUUGUCCAAAAAUGAUGAGCUCCGCAAGGGAGACCGUCUGGUGUCCGGCAACGGAGAGUUUAAGGCUAUCUUCCAGGAUGAUGGAAACGUUGUGGUCUAUGGUCCUGUGUGGGCUUCAGACACUGCAGGGUCAUCCCCUUUCCGCCUGAUCAUGCAGGAUGACUGCAACCUGGUCAUGUACGACGAGGGCGGCAAAGCCAUGUGGCACACAAACACAUCAACACGUUAA